AUGCCCAUCCCUGUGUGGGAGCACCUGUCAUACAUUGUCAGUAGUGGUAUGCCAGUCCCUGUGUGGGAGCACCUGUCAUACAUCGUCAGUAGUGGUAUGCCAGUCCCUGUGUGGGAGCACCUGUCAUACAUUGUCAGUAGUGGUAUGCCAGUCCCUGUGUGGGAGCCUCUGUCAUACAUUGUCAGUAGUGGUAUGCCAGUCCCUGUGUGGGAGCCUCUGUCAUACAUUGUCAGUAGUGGUAUGCCAGUUCCAGUGUGGGAGCCUCUGUCAUACAUUGUCAGUAGUGGUAUGCCCAUCCCUGUGUGGGAGCACCUGUCAUACGCUGUCAGUAGUGGUAAGCCAGUCCCUGUGUGUGAGCAUCUGUCAUACAUUGUCAGUAGUGGUAUGCCAGUCCCUGUGUGGGAGCACCUGUCAUACAUUGUCAGUAGUUGUAUGCCAUUCCCUGUGUGGGAGCAUCUGUCAUACAUUGUCAGUAGUAGUAUGCCAGUCCCUGUGUGGGAGCACCUGUCAUACAUUGUCAGUAGUGGUAUAUCAGUCCCUGUGUGGGAGCACCUGUCAUACAUUGUCAGUAGUGGUAUGCCAGUCCCUGUGUGGGAGCACCUGUCAUACAUUGUCAGUAGUGGUAUGCCAGUCCCUGUGUGGGAGCACCUGUCAUACAUUGUCAGUAGUGGUAUGCCAGUCCCUGGUUUUCAUGGAGAGCUGUCUACAAACCUGACAGAACCCGAAGAUCAGUUUUACACAUCUCGAGAUAAUCUAUGGCACCAGGAGAUAAGCAUCAAUGGAAGAACCCUCCUUAUUCAGGGAAUGAAGGAAGAUAGAACUUUUGUGAAUCUUACGAGGAAAGCAGGCUCACUUCUGUCCUUCAUGUUUACAGUGGAAGAUAUCAUCGACCUCCACAACCAUGUCAUGUCCCGAAUGAAGAGGCAGGACCAGUGGGGGGAGCAUUUGAAGUCGGAAUCAGAACGUCUGCUUCAGGAAGCAGGGGAGAAUGAUGACAUGAUGUUUGUGAAUGUGACGGACGUAUAUCGACAUCUUCCUCACAAAUUGCUAUCAUGUCAUCAGUGGUUGUACGCUCAUGCUGAAGCCAGGUUUGUCCUGAAGACGGAUGACGACUGCUUCGUGGACUUGGUCAAAAUAACUGACGACGUUCACACACUGACCUCUGUCCAGAAACUGUGGUGGGGCCAAUUCCGGGAUGAGUGGCUGGUGGAGAGACAUGGGAAGUGGAAGGAGAGGAUCUUCCCAUCAUCCAUCUACCCAAGGUUUGCCUGUGGGUCUGGGAACAUCGUCUCCCGGGACAUUCAUACCUGGAUUGCAGACAACUCGAAACAGCUGUACCAUUACCAGGGAGAAGAUGUUUCUCUGGGUAUUUGGCUUGCAGCAGUCGGGCCACACUAUCAGCAGGCUUCAGCAUGGCAGUGUUCCAAGGAGUGUGAGGAGGGUUCCUAUGUACUCCCGGAACUGAGUGUGGAGAAGAUACGGCUCUACUGGGACAGGAAGCAGCAGUGUGGAGAUCCUUGUGUAACGUGUAACUUAGGAACAGGGGAGACAACGCUAGACUAGUCUUAGAUGUUCCUAUGUACUGCCAGAACUGAGUGUGGAGGAGAUACAGCUCUACUGGGACAGGAAGCAGCCGUGUGGAGAUCCCUGUGUGACAUGUAACUAAGGAACAUGGGAGACAACUCUAGACUAAUCUAUAGAUGUUCCUAUGUACUGCUGGUACUGAGUGUGGAGGAGAUACGGCUCUACUGGGACAGGAAGCAGCAGUGUGAAGUGUGGAGAUCCCUGUGUGACAUGUAACUUAGGAACACGGGAGACAACUCCAGAUUAAUCUAUAGAUGUUCCUAUGUACUGCUGGAACUGAGUGUGGAGAAGAUACGGCUCUACUGGGACUGGAAGCAGCAGUGUGAAGAUCCCUGUGUGACAUGUAACUUAGGAACACGGGAGACAACUCUAGACUAGUCUUAGAUGUUCCUAUGUACUGCCAGAACUGAGUGUGGAGGAGAUACAGCUCUACUGGGACAGGAAGCAGCAGUGUGAAGAUCCCUGUGUGACAUGUAACUUAGGAACACGGGAGACAACUCCAGACUAAUCUAUAGAUGUUCCUAUGUACUGCUGGAACUGAGUGUGGAGAAGAUACGGCUCUACUGGGACAGGAAGCAGCAGUGUGAAGAUCCCUGUGUGACAUGUAACUUAGGAACACGGGAGACAACUCUAGACUAGUCUUAGAUGUUCCUAUGUACUGCCAGAACUGAGUGUGGAGGAGAUACAGCUCUACUGGGACAGGAUGCAGCAGUGUGGAGUGUGGAGAUCCCUGUGUGACGUGUAACUUAGGAACACGGGAGACAACUCCAGACUAAUCUAUAGAUGUUCCUAUGUACUGCUGGAACUGAGUGUGGAGAAGAUACGGCUCUACUGGGACAGGAAGCAGCCGUGUGGAGUGUUGAGAUCCCUGUGUGACUUAGGUACAGGGGAGACAACUCUAGACUAGUCUUAGAUGUUCCCAUGUACUGCUGGAACUGAGUGUGGAGGAGAUACAGGACAGGAACCAACAGUGUGGAGAACUUGUCGCUUAGGAACAGGGGAGACAACUAUCUACUUUCUUAGUGGUGCUCCUGAUGAGGAUGAUUGAUCAAGGAAAAAUCAAAAGUGCUUACACUACAGACUGUUGGCUGACCUUGUAUCAUUAUGACCCAGUUUUCGGGACCAGUGCUCUCACAAUAAGAUGCUGGUUAGUCGACAAAAUGUCACAAUACAGACUGAGGUGACACAGCAGAUAUAUGGCGGACUUUGAUGUAAAACUCUCUCAACAACAGAUUAUGUGAGGAAGUGCUCAAAAUUGUGUGCCCCUUGAUUCUGAGUGAGAAUAGGUCCUCACUACCAAAUGCCUCAGUUUGGCAUGCACUUGGGUGACAGGGAGUCAUCGUACACAAAAGCCAUGGUUAGCCAGAAUAUCGCUGACUGUGACAUAGUACCUACAUUGAUUGUAAUUAUACAAACAGAAAAAAGUAAUUGUGCUUCAUAUAAAGUGGUGUAAAUGUUAUGUUAUUGAAAAUAACAUCAUAAAAUUUGGUCAUUCGUCUGAUCAAUGCUUUAUCAUAACAAAUUUAUUGACAUAGGAGACAGAGCGAGACCACCUACAAGAGCGAUGGUGUAACAACUCAAUUAACAAUGUCACUUUCAGGUGUGACCAUUUUUUGGGGUGAUACAGGCAACUCACCCCCAAACUGACAACAUUGAAUUAUGCAAGCAUGGCUAAAGGUAUCUCCUGGACACCUAUGGACCCUUGCACGGCCAUGAGAGUUGUCCAGAUGAAACCUGGACUCAUCUGCAUACUUGAUAUCAUCCCAGAUUUGUCUUCUGAACCUCAGAUGCUGUCAACACUAACCUAGGUGUGCCUGCAGUGACGUGGAAGCAGAAUUGGGCGUAUCGCUGGACGUUGGGGAUGAAAUUGCGAAACAGAGUCGAGGAGAUGUCUUCAAGAAUAUAUACGGAAAGAUGCAUUACUUAAUUUCAUUGAACUUAAUAUGAAGCAGUUACUUUUUUCUGUUGAUAUAUUAAUGGUUGUAAACACAUAGGCUCCACACAAGCACCAUCUGUCACAAGUGAUUCAUACAAAGGCACUUUCAAUAUUUUAUUCCCGCAUAAAAACACUACAUAUAAUUCUGUAAAAAGGCAACCACACAUCAAACAUACAUAUAACUCUGUAACCAUGAUAACAAGUUAACAUCCAAUGUCUUCUUGACUUCACCCAAAAUUUGUAAUUAUGAUUACAGCUGUUUCCUUUACCAAAUGUUUACCUGUACCAAAUUAUUAUUGAAUCUGAUGUGAACAUUGCCAUGAACACACUAUCAUUCUUAUAUAUAUAUAUAAAUAUAUUAUGAAUUACAUAUAUGAUGCAAAAAAAUCAACCAAGAGGCAUGCUACAACAAAACCCAGGGUGAAACAUGUUAAAUACUAGCUUAAAAGGGAGAUUUGUUAUAUAUACUCAACACAUCAAGUUAAGGGUCACUAGUAGUUUCGUAAACUGAUAUGCAUGGGUGGAUACUGCGGGUAUGUGCACCCCCCCCCUUUUUAUUUCGAAAAAAAUCUUUAUUUCUGUAUAAAUUACCACCAAAGACAAUAAAUAGAUCUUAAUUGUGCAACCCCCCCCCCCCCCCUUUUCAAAAAAGCUGUAUCCGCCGAUGAUAUGGAUGUAGUGUCAUGCAUGACAUUAUGAUAUUGCAAUUCUAUCAAGAAUAAUAUGCUGAUUGAAGUUGAACAAUGCCAACCUUAUCAUUUUUCAUGCAGUCACAGUAUCACUGUUAAUGGCAUUUUAACAACUGAAAGACAGUAGGUUUAGUGGAAGCUAGGUCAUCUCAAGUGGAAAGCCAAUCUGUUGCAGUCUGAUCAUUGAUAUGUCAUUUCUGUCUUUUUCAAUGGCUUCAAAGUAAUUUUGUAACCAUUUCAACCUCAAUAAAACAUUCAUUGCUCCAAAAUAUAGUGACAGGUUGCCCUAACUCAUUUUAUUUUUGACGUACUCUAUUUUCGAAAGUUAAGAUGGCAUUGCUGAUAUUUCGAGGGAUGAGUGAAUGAAAACUCAAAUUCUGCUUCAUUCCAGUAGGUGAUGUCUUCAACAAUAGAAUUCAGCUACAUUCCGAAAGAAAACAAAUCCUUGAUAAAAGGCUUCUGAGUGACGUUACCUAUUGUCGAACACCUGAUUGGUUGGUACUGUAGCAGGGUUUUCGUGAAUGAACAGAUGGGUUUCGGUGCAUAGUUCUCAACAUAACUCUUGCAGGUCAGCAUUAAAACUUAAAAAAUAAUUGAAAGUUUGAAACCGAUAUACAAAAUAUGAAUAUAAAAUAUGAAUAUUUGUCAAAUUAGAGUGUUCACACUAAUUUACUCUUCCUGUUCAUCAUACACGGACACCAAAACUCUGAAUGACAACGGACAAGUGUACAGUACUUCACAUGAACUCAGUGUUGACAGGCUGAAAGCCUGCAUUCUCCAGUUGCCAGCUUUAAUGACGUCAUACCUCUCGUUAUAAUGCGACAAAUCAAUAUCAUAUACGGCUGUUCGAAAAUAGGUGUCAUUCGGAAAUUUGGUGCUCGAUGUUAUAUAUUGUGCCAAAUAAGUUAGGCCAACCUGUCACCAUCACUAUAUUUUGGAGCAAUGAAUGCUUUAAAUAUAUGGUCCACCAGUAUAGUAGGUGCUUGCUAUGUCAAGUUGGUUUAAUACAUGUCAUGUUUUUUUUUUAUCUCAGAAUAGAUCAUUUGGAACCUACAUAAGUUGUAAGCCAGAGGUUUCAAAUGUUAAAAUUUCUCCAUUUGAAAUACUCAAUUACGCUCACAUAUCUGAAAACACAUGUUGAUCUACAGUGUAGUAAUAAUUACACAGAAUUUCCUAAUCAUAAAUUUAUAAGAAUAAAAAUUGUAUUAUGCAGGCAUAAUAAUCAUUUUAUGAACGUUCAUACUCAAACUGAAAGUCAAUUCUUAAAUGUAAAUUCUCUAAAUGGAUACAAUGGGAAAGGUACCUGUUUUCUUCAGUUUUGAAGAAUAUGCAUAACAUGAUACA